AAAAUAGAAAACACAAUCCAAAAUGGAUAUGUGCAAAAUCGAAAAAUGAGAAGAGAACAGAGAAGACAGAAGUGAGUGUGUGUAAAAUGGCGGAAGGUAACUCUACCACUGAUAUUCAGAAAAUACUAGCAGCCAUUAAAUCCUCCGAGGUUGUUGAGGAUCGCGUUCAGUUGUUUAAGGAUCUUGGAUGCAUAGAAUUGAAGAACGUGUCCGAGUCCGACUAUGCUUCCGUCGUUAACUGCGUUGUCACUUUUUGGGAGCACUUCACAUGUUUGGAUGUGACACAGUGCAUGCUAAAUAGAAGUAUCACACAAGUGGCUUUGCGCCUUAUAGAUUCUAACUUACCCAGUUGCCUACCACAAAUUCUCAAUCUUGGAGUCAAGGCUGCUGUCUGGUGUGGCAAGCAUCUAAAGAUGAGCCUGCUUUCAACAGAAGAAUCUCAGGAAGAAGAACAUAGCUCUGUAUUUUACCUGCUUCUUGUCGAGAUCCUAAGGUUUUCUGCAUUAACAUUUUCAACUUUGUUGAAUUUCACUGAUUUUGGUGACAAGGAAUUGAUGGACAUGGUAGAAAUCUUCAUUUCAGAAGUAUUAAAUCUGACCAAAGAUUCUAUAUCGCAUGCUACGAAAAUUCAAUCAUUUGGAUCAGAAGUAUCGAAGGAUGCACCCAAUGUCCUUGAUGCUGUGGUCAAAUUUUGCAAGGCACGUUCUGAAUUAGUAAACUGGGAGGAAAGUGAUGAAAAUGGAUCGGGGCCUGACAAACCUAUCACUGUUGAUCAUGUUAUCAGCAUAACAAAAUGUGCAAUAGAAAAACUGUCUCAAAUUGGUGUUUUUGCUGCAAAUGAUGGUGGCAAUUCUGUCAAUAUUCUUAAUAUCUCCUGGAAAGGUGUUGUUUCUUUGCUUCAAAUUGGCGGUGGGCAUUUUACGGAAGUUAACGUAGCAAAUAUAGUGUUAACUUUGCUUGGGUUGAUAACGGAGCCUCUGAAAUGUGCUGCCCAGGCUUGGUCUUCAUCACCCAAUGAAGCAAUUUCUGAAAUUGAAGCUAAAAGAAUCAUUUUGCCAUUGAGAUUUUACCUAAUGAAUACUCUUAAAAUAUGUUCGAUGUAUCCUCAUCAGGCUUAUACAGUUUACAGGGAAAUUUCACUUUGUGUUCUCCGGAUCACAUGUUUUUGGAUUUUUGUAAGCAAUGAAAACCGUCUGAAAUGUGUAUCUAUGAAAAUUACCGAACUACUGGAAGAAACAACCCUGGAUCUACUAUUGUCUUUGCUAAAUUCUCAUGAACUGAAACUGGAACAGAAGCUUGAGGUGCUAGAAUGGUUGUUCAUGAAUAAAGGGGAUUGUCACUCUGUCCUUGAUUGUCCAACCUUAAGCGGUUGUAACCCUGAAUGGGUUAAUGAUAUCUUUUGCAAUAGCUGUGAAAGUAUGAGUAGAGCAAAAGUGCUAAUACUUGGUCGAGUUGUAUUGUUUAUUAACUUUCUUAGAUAUUCUCGUGGGCUUGAUGGUGAUGUACAAAUAGCAAUAACAAGGAAACUCAAUUGGUUUUUGGAUAUUUUAGUUGAGGAAGAUGUCUAUUCUCACAUACUUGUUUUGCAAUUUCCUUUAUUGUAUGGCUCUAGAAAAACAGCAGAACCGGUAUCAUGGCCUAUUUUCACUUCCCUCUUGCAAGCAUUCAAAACCUUCAUGAUUGUUAUCUCUUCAAGCACAGCUUGGGAGGAGUUCGAGUCUUUCUUACUAGAGAACUGCUUUCAUCCUCACUUUCUAUGCUGGGAGAUUGUAAUGGAAUGCUGGUGCUUUAUGCUGCGACAUGCUGAAAAAAAGAUGGCAAGUAACAUCCUUGGCAAACUAUGCUCAUUACUUAAACUGUUGGCAUCCUCAGACUCAGUUUUCUUGCCUUAUUCUUCGUUCAGAAAGUUGGCAAGAUCCAUAUGCAUGCUUUUAACCUACGGUGCACAAUCAAUAGUUAACGAGGUGUACAUUUCUCUUGUCGGUGAUGGGAGUUCACAGUUGUCACCAAUUUUUUGCUUGGCUUUGUUCAUGGAAGGUUUUCCGUUUGAUUUACUGGCAGAUGAGUUGAGGAACACUUCCAUUCAAAGAAUUAAGUCUGAUUAUUUAGACUUCAUAGACAACUUUGAUGAAGCAUCAAUGGUAGCAUGCUCCUCUGGUUUGUUUGGUGUUCCAGUUUUUGUUCUUUCUGCGUCUUUGCCAUCACUCCAAAGUGGACUAUCGGAUAUUGAUGCAAGGGCCUUGAAGUUUUUGGUUGCAAUUUCUUCUAAUUACAAAAGUACCGUGGACGAAGUAAUUAAGAACCGUUAUCUCCAGCUUUUCAGUGAAACUCUAUGGAUAAUCUCAUAUUUGGAACAACUGUAUACCGCGAAUGAUAUUGAACAAGCCAUCAUGGAGAUUCAAAAUAUCUUUUUGUCUGAGCCUGGAGCCCAUUUGAACAAAUGCAAACCACAUUUGGCUAAAUUCCUUGCAGGACUUGUGCACGUGGAAAUUUCAGAAAGUGACGAUGAUGCAAAGAGCUGCGCUGUGUGGGCAUUAUAUCACUUGCUCUUGAAAGAGCAGCACUGGGCACUUAUUCAUUUGGCAAUUACCGCAUUUGGAUAUUUUGCUUCUAAGACUAGGUGCAAUAAGCUAUGGAGAUUUGUUCCACAGGAUGCAGCACUUUCAUAUGACAUAGUUUCAGGACUCGAAUCAAAUCAGGAAACAUUUAUGGUUGAGUUUGGAAAAUUUCUUAAAAAGGAAAAAGCUCUUCUUACAGUUGCACCAAGCCCUGAACAGCUUGAGCUGCUGGGUAGAGAAGGCCUUGUGUUGAAACAGAUGGUCCAAAAGGUUUCAGCCAUUGCUGAAGAGAAAGAUAGAUGUGAUAACAUGGAAGUUGAUCGCAAGAACCAAUCAAAUAAAAAAAGGAAACUUCCAGACGGAAUUAGCAGAGGAAUGGAAUUGCUGAAAAGCGGUUUAAAAAUUAUUGGUGAUGGUCUUUCCCAGUGGCAGCUCAAUCACUUUGAUACUGCUGAACAACAUGUAAAAUAUUUGACUCAGUUUUCACAACUUGAAAACGUAAUUACUCACUUCGAGGAAUUGACCGGGAGCGGUGAGGUAUGUUCAUUUUCCAUGCAGAAUAAUUCUUGAGGUUGAUUAUUCAUCAAUGCAUGUUUUAUUGUAAAGAAAUGUUCAGUAAAAUUUAGUUCCUUCUCCUUAUCUUUUUUAUAUCCUAUUAUAGUGAUUUAGCAUAACGUAGUAUUCUAGUACAAAUUCUGUCUAGGUGAAGACAAUGCUACUUAUGUCCCAUAACAAUGUCUUCACUUGAGGUUUUCUUUUUGCCCCUCCCUAACUUUCUUAUGUUUA